AUGACCGAGACCGCAGCCGCCGAAGCGGCUCCUCCAGCCGCGCCCGCCGCCCAGACCAAGGCUCCCAAGAAGAAGAAGGCGCCCGUCCGGGACAAGCUAGCCGGCACCAAGCUGGGGGAACAGAUCGACCAGAUUGUAGCGGGUUGUCCCGAUAAGAGGGGGAUGUCUGGGACCGCCAUCAAGAAGGUUCUGGCUACCAGAGGCGUCGAUGUGGUGAAGCGCAGCGCCCUGAUCAAGUUGAUCAUCAAGAGGAAACUGGAAAAAGGCUCCCUGCUUCAGACCAAGGGCGUGGGCUUCUCCGGCACCUUCAAGGCCGGGAAGGAGAAAUGUUCCGUGAAAUUGGUGAAGAAAUCGAAGAAACCAGCGCCCAAGAAGCCAGCGGCAAGAACAUCUCCCAGCAAGAAACCAGCGGCCAAGAAUUCUCCUACGAAGAAGUCUAGAGCCAAGAAAUCGGGGGCCAAGAAAACUCUCACUAAGAUACCAGCGGCUAAAAAAACGGUGGCUAAGAAACCAGCGACCAAGAAGGCCACGUCGAAGAAAGCCAAGAGCACCAACAAGGUCGCAGCCCCAAAGGCCAAGAAAUUGGUGAAACCCAAGCCGAAGCAGAAAGCAGUGAAACCCAAGAAGGCAGCGGGCAAAAAGUGAAUUAAAAAGCGUAACUUGUAAAGACCUGAACCCAACGGCUCUUCUCAGAGCCACCCACAUCUCUCGGGAAAGAGCUGAUCCCGAAUUCCUGUCCCGGGACCGGGCUCAGAUUUCGGGGGAAACCAUAAA